CCGCCAUAGUGUACGCAUAGUGUACUUCCGUGCAAAAUGUUGUAUGAAAUUACCCUUUAUAACCGUCAUAUUCGGCUAAAUAAGACUAUUUGAAUAUACAGUCCUACAGGAGAUUAUACAUAACAUAAGGGGCCAGAUGAACAUAUGUGCAAAGUGUGAUAAAUAAUCAACAAAAUAGCUUUGAAAGCUUUCUUCCCCAGUGGUGCUACAACACGUUGACGUCACAGUGACUGGCGUUAACACCUCUCGUCUCCUCACGCGAAGUCUCCCCCUAUUGGCAAGAUGGGGAAGUUACUCUCCAAGAUAUUUGGGAACAAAGAGAUGCGGAUAUUGAUGCUCGGUCUUGAUGCGGCAGGGAAAACAACUAUUCUGUACAAAUUGAAACUCGGCCAAUCCGUGACGACCAUUCCCACUGUAGGAUUUAACGUAGAAACCGUAACUUAUAAAAAUGUUAAAUUUAACGUAUGGGACGUGGGAGGGCAGGAUAAGAUCCGUCCCCUGUGGCGGCAUUAUUACACCGGAACACAGGGUCUCAUAUUUGUGGUGGACUGCGCCGACCGGGAUCGAAUAGACGAAGCCAAACUAGAGUUACAUAGGAUUAUUAACGAUCGCGAGAUGAGGGAUGCAAUUAUUCUUAUAUUUGCAAAUAAACAAGAUUUACCUGAUGCUAUGAAACCACAUGAAAUACAAGAAAAACUAGGCCUGACUCGACUUAGGGACCGCAAUUGGUACGUGCAGCCGUCGUGUGCCACAACGGGAGAUGGAUUAUACGAAGGACUUACCUGGUUAACAUCCAAUCACAAAUCAUGAUUAUACGGUCACCGUAGUAACAGAGAGAAAUUUGGACUCUUAGUUUUACGCUAUUCUCUGUGUGUGUUGUGGCAGCCAGCGGGAGGUGUGUGCGGACUUUGUACGGAUUCUCAACGCAGGUCUCAACCCUGCCAUCUUUAGAACACCAUUCUGGUGAUUUUUCACUUGCGCACCCCAACUUAAAAAUAUCGUCCCUGAAAAUGUGGUGCGUGAGUGAUAAUUUUUGCAGGAUUGUCACUACUUGUACUGUAAGGUCAUUUAGUGAAUUGUCAGUCUUGGCAGUGCAGUGUUAUUGGUUGGAAUCCUAUCAUUGAGCAGGCCUGGCACAGAAUGCUAUCCUGUGCUUUGUAAAUUGGAUAGUGGAGAUAUGGUUUGAGCGUAAAAUCUGCACCUAAUCAUGCAUUACGAUCUCCCAGUAUUAUCGCCCUCGAGCCUUUGUAACUUAAACCGUGGAACUGAUUGGAAAUCUUAACUCUCAUUCAACGAACACCUCUCAUCAAGAUUCGAGUCCUAAUUCUACCAGCUGAGUAGGGACACUUCAAGAACUAUUUUUCCGACGGGGUGCAGAAGUGAAAAAUCUCCCCAUUUUUCACGAAAAUGAAGAACUGCUCAACGUUGCCUUUGGUGACGUCCCCAGUCUUCUCAAAUUCAUCAUACAUUUGUAUAUAAAAAUUGUAUAAACUAAUAUACAAUUAUUAAUUAAGUCUAUUGUAAUAAUUAAUAUUAUGGUUUAUUUUAUGUGAAAUAUGAUUUGCCCGUGUAAUUACGUCCGAGAAGUUGUUGAGUUUUAGUAUGUACCUUAAUUCUGUUAGUUGAGUUAAUGGGGGUUCGUUUGUGGAAUUCAGGGCUUGAUAAGUGGGGGUUACAUCUGUGGAAUUCAGGGGCUUUGCUGUGUUUUGUUAAUCAGUGGUUAAUUUAGAAAAGGAUUGCGUAAUUAAUGGGCCUAUGGCGCCCCUGGCGGAAGGGAUGAGCAUUAAAGUUGAACACGAAGUUGUGGGUCAUGCAGGAUUGAAACAAGAUGAAUAACAACACGGCUGAAGAUCUGAUAAGUUAGUGCAAGCGCAAGGUUUGGAAGAGCUAGAUGAAGGGAAUACCCAUCUGUACUUGGGCUAAUAGCUUGGAAGUAUUGAAGCUGGUCUUGGUCAAAAAUAGUCCCUAUUGCACAAUUUUGUCUGAGAUCUUGUUGACCUGUGAGUGUUAGACAGCACAGUGUGUCACUGGAUGUUUGACAUCAAAUGUCUGGAAAGAUGGUGCCCUUGGUAUGGCAUGUCUUAAGCGAUGGUUCAUUCAAUCAAACAACACUCACAACAAUCAACGGAGAAAAAACCCCCAAAAUGAUGAUCUCAAUGUUACUGGUAUACUCUUUAUGUUGACCCGAGGAUGGAGUAGAUCCUUGGUCAUGUGACCCUGCUACUCUGCUUGGUGGGACUGUGGUUUAGUCCCUUGAAACACUCGGUCCUCCUCGGCGCCUUCACCCAGUGAUUGGCUGUGAUGAGUUGGCAGGUUAUUCAGCUGACCUUUGGCGGUCAGCAAACCAACAACUCACAGACCCAAAAUGGGAGAAUACCUGUUUUGCUGUGAAGAACUGAGAUUGAGUGGUAAGAUAUAAGUUUUGGUUUGCAAUUUGAAACACUACGUCAGAAUAUUAAGAAUGAAGAUGAAAAUUUGCGAGUUUGUGACGAAAACAAAACACUAAAAUGUUAAGGUUCUGUAAAUAUUUAAUUUGAAACCAUUCACUGAGUCUAAUGAAGCUGCAAAUCUCACUCAUGUAAGUAACCAAUGCACCCAACAAUUAGAAUACACUGGUCUCGUCAUUGACAUUCAACAGUCGCCUUGGAUGAGCAAUUUUGUCGCUGUAAACAAUCUCUUGUCUGCUGUUUAUUAGUCUCAGCAAGGAGGAAUUCUUGUCAAAGGCCCCUUCAAUGACCACUGCAUCUGAGACACUUUGAUCACGUGCGGACUUGAGUCUGACUGCAGGGGCAGAAUGUGCUCAUUUUGUGGUGAGCUCUUGUGACAACAGUUUUCUCAUGUCCCCUGAAAACUUGUUUUCGCCUCAUGGCCUCACUGAUCUGCUAGAAAGCGUUUGGCAUGCUUUUCACGUACUUGCUUAAAAAGUUGAUGGAAAUGUUUAAUAGAAGAAAAGGUCUGGAAAAUGCUAAGUGUAUUAAUAAGAUGUGCAUUUUGUUGCUUCCUCUUGAGCUCAGGUUUACUGAAUGAAAACAGUUUGGAUUUAAUUGUGUUAGGUUGCGAGUCCCUGGCUUUGGGCUUGAUUGAAACUGGUCGCAGGCUAAAACGGUGCAGAACUGAAAGAUUGCCUCUGAUUGUACCUUGGUCUUGGCUCCUUCUUGUGUAUUGAUGGUAACAAUUCGACGACCGAUGGCUUGUGUCAACAUUUGCCCUCAGGGGAUAUUUCACUGUUGUGUUAUGGACCAUUUGUUACAUUGUUUCUGUUUCACCCUGUAGAUCUUGUCGCCUCCAGUUGGAAGACCCCUAGCGCUCCCAUUUGUAUGGUUGGUGCAUUCUCAAUGUAGCAUGCACAAGUUUCCUAGUUCAGUAUUUGUCGAUCCACUGAUAGUUUUAUUUCGUCAUGUCAAUUUGACUUUGCCAUGGUUAACGUCACAAGAAAGCUACCCAAGAAGUGAAUAUUUUGAAAGUCUUGGAAGUCAGAAGUAAAUGUAACAACUCCUUGAGUCUUCUCCGCGUGUUUGGUGACAAAAUCUUUAAAAUUUGGAAUUCAUUCUAUUUGUCACUUGAGGUUUCUAAAGUUGGUGCUUGAACAGGAAGUCCUAUCUCCAAACGAGAACCUCUCAUCACACUUUCCGCUCGUUUUCCAUGGGAUUUGACCUGAGCCAAUCAGUUUAACUGUUGUCUGAACCUGUUCAAUGUCUGUGGACAGAAUGCAAACGCUGUUUUAGAAAUUGGCGAUGCAUACUUUUAAAGCCAUUUUCUGUUUUGGUGUGUUACCGUUUGUAAGGUGCUCUCCUCAGCCUCAGGUGCUGAACUCUUAACGGUGGUCUAUUAUACAAGCUUUUUCUUUCCCUAUGCCUUCUACUUUUGAUUUAUAAAAAAAUAUGCCCUUCUUCGGGACAGCAUGUAACGAGACAGUCGACGCAACCAGGCAUUGAAAACCAAGUUUUUAAAUUCUGUUUCUUAGUGUAUAUAUAGAUGGAGAUGAUUCCCUUGAUAUGGUAUGCACGGGUGACUGAAUCACAAAGACAGUUGGACUAACAACCUUUGGUUUCUUGACUGUCAGAGUGACAAGUCAUCAAGACUGAUCUGUGUUGCUUCCACUGCCCGUGUUGAUUCAGUCGCUCGCCUCCACCGUACUUUAAGUAUGUUGUACAUUGUACUAGUUUAAUUACAGCCAACGCAUCGUUGGUUGUUUUAUCUCACUGUAGAGGGAGCCAUUUAUACUAAGGACUUUUGUAUAUAGUACAGGAUGCUUUCCGUCAUUUAUUAUAGCGAGGUCAAAUAAUAUUAAAUACAGCCAUGUAGCAAACGUAU